AUGGAAGAAAAAUGGAAAAGUUCUGCAGAGCGAUUGUUCCACAAGUCUUCGUUCAGUAUCAGCAGCCUGUUGUGGAGACGCGAAGGGCUGAUGAGCGACCAGGAGUCUCCGUCCGCGUCUCAGAAACUGCGCGUAGUGGCGCAUCCAGGGAGAACCAGUCCCGAGGAGAAGUGUGAGGGCAACAUAAAGUGUGAAACUCCAAAACAGUGCACUAGAGAAGACAGUAAAGAGGCGACUGCACAUGGCAAACGAGAUGGAAUUAAGGAUGAACCAAAGCGCAAUGUUGGACCAGAGGAAAGCGUAAAAGGCGAGAAGCCUCCUUUCAGCUACAACGCGCUCAUCAUGAUGGCGAUCCGCCAGAGCCCGGAGCGAAGGCUCACACUGAACGGCAUCUACGAGUUCAUCAUGGACAACUUCCCGUACUACCGACAGAACAGACAGGGCUGGCAGAACUCAAUCAGGCACAAUCUGAGUCUGAACAAGUGUUUCGUGAAAGUGCCGCGCCACUACGACGACCCGGGCAAAGGCAACUACUGGAUGCUGGACCCCUGCAGCGAGGACGUGUUCAUCGGCGGCGCGUCGGGGAAGCUCCGGCGCAGAGCCGUGUCCGGCACCGGCACCAAGCUCUCCCUGAAGCGAGGAGGAGCAGGAGGUCCUCUGAUGCCCCCCGGUGGUGCAGCCACCAGCGUGACCCUGGCCGCAGCGGGCUCCUUCUACUGGCCGGUGCCCCCCUUCCUGCCGCUGCAGUCCCCGGGGCGCAGCAGCAACCUGUCCUACCUGAGCGCGCACCCUCGCUUCUCCAGCCACGCCGCGUCCCUCCUGUCCCAGAGGUCCCGGCUGAGCUCAGCAUGUCCAGCCGGGGACACGGACCGGCUCCUGCACACGCACCAGGGCAUGUCCUACAUCGGAGUCAGCUGCGCGCAGUCCAGCCGCCACCAGAUCGGCGCUGCAGCCUGCACGGCGUUCUCCGCAUCCGUCCCGCACCCGUGCGCGCUGCCGCUGUCGGAGCCGUGCUCCUUCAACAUGAUCUCCGGACAGGCCAGCUACUUUUACUCACAUCAGAUACCGUGCGCCGCCACUUUUAGCACCUGCCAAGAUGAGUUCGCAGCGGCCAAGACGUCCGCGGGACAUUUUUUAUCCAAGGGUCGUGGCCACUCAGAGCUCGGAGAAUGCUGUCAUGACUUUCCAAACUAUUGCCCCCGGAUCAGUCCCAGCCCUCCCUCGUUUUGGAAUACAGAAAAAUAG